AUGAGAAGCACGGUCGCUGGAAACGUGCUCAUCGAGAUCCCGGGGGAGGGCACCUCACCGGCGGCAGAUAGCCUAGCUAAAAGACUCCGUGAGGCCUUUAAAGAGACAGACAUACAGGUCAGAAGACCAACGCUGAGGGGUGAGUUGAGACUGGCCGGGCUCGACGCCUCAGUAUCCACGGAGGAGCUAACCGAGGUCCUAGCCAUGGAGGGAGGAUGUGAGGCAUCUACGGUGCGACUAGGCUCUUUCAGGCUGGCGAGAAAUAAUCUGAGGACGGUGUGGCUUCAGUUUCCCCUCCACGCGGCGAAUAAACUGGCGGAUGCAGGCAGGCUUCGGGUGGGCUGGUCCACGGCCCUAGUGACAUUGCUAAAAAGGAGGCCACUGCAAUGUUACAGAUGCUUUGCAACGGGCCACGUCAGGGACAAUUGCCCGAGCGAGGUGGACAGAACCAAUAAAUGUUUCAACUGCUGCGAGGAAGGCCAUGCUGCGAAGGAGUGCAGAAGACCCCCGCGCUGUAUGAUCUGCAGAGAGAAGGGCCUGCGAUACGAUCAUAGAACGGGGGCAGAAAUCUGCCCGCCCUGCCCCCCAAGAAGAAUGAUCCGCCAAAGUCCAAGGCGAGAGGAUACUCUGGCCGAUCGGAGCAGGAAGGCCGAAGAGCAUAGGUUGAAUUAA